AUGAGCUAUUCAGACAACGACCGCAGAGAGUACACCUGCCCAACGGUGCCGGGACAGCAUACAGAGUACGCACGAGGCUCUGAGUACAACCUCAUCUUCGCCGUGACGAUAGGUUGCAUGGCACUUACCCUCCUCAUCAGCCUCAUCCUCAUCCUCCAACACUUCCGCCGCUACCGCGUCCCAAAAGAACAACGCCAAAUCGUCAAGAUCGUCUUCACUCCCGUCGUCUUCUCCAUCAUUGCCGUAGCAGCCAUGUCCGACUACUACAUCGCACCGUACGUCGUCCCACUAGCCGAGCUGUACGCUGCUUUCUCCCUCGCAGCGCUGUUCUUGCUGUACAUGCAGUUCGCCGCUCCCGGAGCGAAUUUUGGAAAGGACAUGUUCGCCGCUUUAGUCAUGGCUACGGUGAAGAACCGGAAGCGCGAUAGGGCGGAUUGGCCGAUGGGGACGUGGAUUGCAGUCUUUCAGCUGCCGGUUGCUGAGGCGGUGGCGUAUACUAUUGAGAGCGUGACGGAGGCGAGAGGGACUUUCUGUGCUAGCUCUAUGAGGCCGCGUUUCGGGAAUUUCUAG